CGCUGCCUGGGCUCCACCGGGCGGCUGCAACCACACCGAGGGGCACCGCUGCCCACCGGCCCCGGGAAAGCCCCACGCUGUGGCCGCGGCUGCGGCCGAGCACCCGGUUCGAGAUUUGCAUGCUGUGAUUAAGGCAGUGAAGCAAUCGCGCUGUUGCCUCAUCGGUGAGAAUCCCCGAGGCCCGUGCGCUAUAAAUGCCACCCGAUCAAUGAGCACAGCCGGGCAGGAGCGAGAGGAGCCGGGCCGGGCUGGGCAGGGCGGCACUGCACAGAGGAGGAGACACCGAGCCGGGCACCCACCAUGUGCUUCCUCACCCGUGGGCUGGCACUGCUGCUGGCUGUGCUGCUGUGGGCACCGUGGUGGGCGCUGCAUGGGGCACCACUGACAGAGCUCUCAGGAGACCAGGACUUCCAGCUCUUCCUGCAGAGGAACCUCGAGUUCACCCGCAAGAUCCGUGGGGAUGUGGCUGCGCUGCAGCGCCUGCUGUGUGACACCCUCCAGCUGUGCAAGGAGGACGAGCUGCUGCUGGUGCGGCAGGACCUGGACAUCACCCAGGCGCCGCUGGAGCAGUGUCACAGGCGCACCUUCCAGGCAGAGACCUGCUUCAGCCAGAUCCGUGCCGGCCUCCACGUCUACCACAGCUCUCUGGCCACCAUCCAGGCCCUGCUGCCUGGGCACGCUGGGCUGGUGGAGACCCUGCAGCUGGACAUGGCCAACCUGUCCUCCAACAUCCAGCAGCAGAUGGAGGACCUGGGCCUGGCCACGGUGACUUACCCCACAGAGAACCAGGACCCUGUCCCCACCUUCUCCUCCCAUUUCCACCACCAAGUCGGCGGCUUCUUCAUCCUGGCCAACUUCCAGCGGUUCCUGGAGACAGCGUACCGGGCACUGCGGCACCUCACCAGCCUCUGACCCCUGCUUGUGGAUGUCCCACCUGAGGGACAUCCUGGGAGCACCCCAUUUCCUGCUUAUUUAAUAUUUAUGGCUAUUUAAUAUUUAUCUGUCUGGGGAUGCUCCCCCUGCCAGGGGAUCCCGCAGUGGAUCCAUGCACAGAUCCCUGUGCAGCAUCACACUUGUUUAAUAUUUAAACACAAGCGUAUCUCUGCUAUGAGGUUCUGGAGAUGGGCUGAGCCCCCACAGCUGCUGCUGGCACUGCCUGUGCCUCAGUUUCCCCACGGCUUGCACUGCUGGGGCUGCUGUAUCAUCCCACAGGAAAACAUCCCAGGAUAAGGAUGCUCCAGAGCAACAUCUCCCUGUCUGGGCUGCAGCCUGCAGGGACACAUCUGAUGGGUGUUAUUUCUAGUAAUUAAUAUUUAUUAGCCAUUAGGGAGGGAGGGGAGGGAAGAUGGAAGAACCAUAGGGAUGCAGCAGCCUUACCAGGAUGAAGCUUUUCUGGGGAGCCGCAGCACUUUGGGGAGCUGCAUCCCUGCUCUGUCCCCCUUCCCUGCUAAACUCAGAGUACUUAUUGCAGUUUAACUUAUUUGUGCCCAUCCCUGUCCGGAAGGAGCCACUUGGACACAUUCCCAUCCUCCUGAGCCUGACGCAGCCCCAGUCCCGUGGUUGUGUGGGAGCUCUGGGCGUGGGGGGUUUUGUACUGUAUUUAUUGCUGCAGCUGGGUGAGCCCCAAGAAACACCCGCUUUUUUC